UACCUUCGGGGUGCUGCCCUGCUCCAUCAUCACAGUGCUGAACAAGUGAAGAAAUCAUGAAUCAUCAGUGAAGGCCUAAAGUCGAAGCUAAAAUCUUGCAAAACAGGUUAUUUCUUUGUGUGCCUAGUUUCCUACCGAACACAAUUUGGAAUACCUAGGAUUCGAGUAAGACAUUCAAGUUGUUUGUAUUAACGCUGCAGAACCGGUGGCCUAAUUGGAGUGCUUUGACGUUAGCUAGCUAAACCUACCAAGCUCAGUGAAACUUGUAAACACUUUUGUGAAAGAUGGCUGACAACGGCGUACACCCGACUGAAGAGGACCCAGCUGCAGCUUUCCUGGCUCAACAGGAGAGUGAGAUAGCCGGGAUCGAGAACGACGGCGAGGGGUUUGGGUCUCUCGAAGCAGCGGAGGACGAGCAGCCGCCUCAGCCGGAGCCGGAGCCCGAGCCGGCGGCCAACUAUGACGGUUUCGAGGACGAGCCUGCCACAGUGAAUGGGGACAUGUUUGAGGAGUCCAAUGGCCCGACUGACAGCUAUGCAGCCAUUGCCCAGGUGGAUAUUCAGAGGCAAGAGCCAGAGAGUUUACGCAAGUGGAGGGAGGAGCAGAAGACACGCCUUGAAGCACUAGACUUGGCUUCCAAGACAGCAGAGGCAGAGUGGAAAGAGAAAGCUAAAAAGGAGCUGGAGGACUGGCAUGUACACCAGAGUGAGCAGAUGGAGAAGAACAAGGCCAACAACAGGAUUGCUGACAAGGCUUUCUACAAACAGCCUAACUCUGAUGUGAUAGGCUUUGUAGCAUCCGAGGACGCGUUCCUGGCAGAGACCGACGGUGAGAGCCCAGGAUCAGAAUGGGAGAGAGUGGCCCGGCUCUGUGACUUCAAUCCCAAAACCAACAAAACGGCAAAGGACGUCUCUCGAAUGCGUUCUGUUCUCAUCUCUCUCAAACAGACACCUCUAGUCCGUUAGAGGAGCUGGUGGAGAGAAUGUUGUUCUAGAAAAAUUUGCCUUUUCAGUUUUAACAUCACGUUUCAUCAGAAGAGUUUGUAUGCCCUUUUCCAUAAAAUUCCUGGUAUGUUUAUAGGCUUUGAAAACGUCACUCCUACUUUUUUGAUGCCUACUAAUUAUAUUGAGAUAAUAUACUCAACCCCACUCUCUUGAGAAGAUGAAGGACUGCUCUAUUGUUACGACAUGCUUUCGCUGUUAGUUUUAUCACUGCUAUACUUAAGAAAGUAUUGUUAUUGUAAGUUAAAUAUUUGUAUUCCCCUAUAACUUAUAAACUAUUAUUAGGUCAGUUUUCUUGCAUGCCUUUGCAAAUAUUUUGGAUGCACACAUUUAAAUUGUAUACGUUUGCAUUUUGGUCAAUGACAAUUACUUAUUAAGCACUAUUGCGUGUUAGAUUGUGACCGCUUAUGCCUCUCAUCAACGUUGACACAAAGUCUGAUCACGUGGUUGUACGAUAUCCCUGAUUACAAUAUUUAACGUAGCUAGCAUAUGGUUAUCUUUCAAUUUCACAAGCGUGUGGCCUUUUUGAUGUAGCUCUUGCUCCAGUUUGAAUAUUCAGCCAGAUGGAUUUCCUCUUGAUUCGGCAUGAUUUCAGAGAAACAAGAAAUUCACAACCAAAGAUUUCUCAUCUAAAUUUUCAAAGUUAAUUUGAUCAACAAUUUGUGCGAUUUUUAAUUUCUCUGAUUUUCUCAGCAGAAGUUUUACGCUCCAUUUCUGUGUUACACCAAGAUGUUUUAGAUUUUUUAACAGUAAUCAAUGUGUCAAUUUGAACUGUAAAGUCAGCACGUUGUUUCACAUGUUGCCUAUUUGGACAUAAUUAAUACUGAAACAAGUGAAUGUCAAAAGGGAACUGGAAAAUAAAAACAGUGGAGUAUGA